CAACAACAAUGCCGAAAAAGAAGAAGAGCAGCGCCGCCGCGUCCACUGCUCGACCGUCUGGAUGUGCUCCACCGCCCGGUACCAGCACCUCGGAGAUGGCUCCGGCUGAUCGGGGCCCGGUUCCUUCGCGGGCCUCGGCCUCGGCCUCGAGUUCGCUGGCCGCCGCUGCCGGUGCCGUGGGACCUGGGAUGAACAAGGAAGAGCUACUGGACCGGCUGAUGGAGAUGUUUUCUCAUCUGGACCCGAGCGUGGUGUAUGUGAUGUUGUCCGAGUGUGACUUUAAAGCUGAUGAUGCAAUGGAUUCUUUGCUGGUACUGUCUGAUGCUGCUAAAGGAGUGUCAUCAUCUAGCUCUUCUGGAUUUGAAUGUGUGGCAGCUCCCCUAAGUGAUCAAGUUAAUGGCGAUGAGGUAGUCACAGAAGACUAUGGACGUAAUUCAAUUGCUGCUUCUGAAAAUAUUGAAGUAUCUGGAUGGGAUGAACGAUUGGAUUCCUCAAUUGAAAAAGAACUGGAGAAAUAUUGCAUGAAUACAUAUUAUGAACAAAGCAUGUCAUUUCCACAGUUUCAGCCAUUUAUGAACCGAUAUAACUCUCCCAUUAACCAGUUUCCCAGUCACUAUGUUGGUAACCAAUUACCUCAGCUAACACAAGCAAAUUUGAACUUUCCUUUGAACAAUGUGUCCCAUCAGCAGCAAACAGAUCCAAAUGAUGGCGAACAAUGUGGGCAAUUGUCUUGUACAUUGGAUUCAAAAAAUUGUGAAGAACAUUUGAGCCAUCAUUUUAAUAGCGAAACCAACAUAGAGAAAAGAUCAGAAGAUCAAUCGGAACUUAACAAGUUCUCUUCCGAAGCUAUUGAAAGGACCGACCACAAGAAUACCCCCCUUGAGCAUGCAACUGGGAGGGUUGCGUUUCCGACUAAUAUAAGAGCAGAUGGUACAGAUGUAUGGACAAGUCAAAGUGAAAGUCAUAGUCUGUCAGCAGCCAUUUCUAUGAAUCUUGGUGCAAUUGGCUCCAAGAAGUAUAGUGGCUCAGACCAUUUUGGUCCAAAGUAUGAUGAGCUUUCAAAUGCAGUGAACCACCAAACUGAAUAUUUGAAAAACAGUGACAUUUCCGAUGAAGCAGUAAGAAGAUUUUCUGGUGCUGAUACAAAUGAAAUAUGGUUUGGAUCAAAAAAAGAGAGAUCACCAGAAAACUACAAAUUAUUUGGAGAAUGUCAAGUAUUUGAAGGAACAAAUGAAUUGCUACGAAAAAACAGUUCUCUCGCAAAGAAGUCCUUAGAAAAUAAAGAGAAUGUUUCAAAACAUAUGCAACAAAAUACAACAUGUUUUCCUUAUUGGUUUGAUGUCGGGAAAGACUGCAGUGGUGAAAAGCUCCCACAAUUAACAAACAGUAAGGAAACAAGUUAUCCUCAGUAUUCGAGCAGUGUACAUUUUACAAAUACUCCAACUGUGUCUUCAGUCUCAUGGAAUCCAUGGGCUCCUGAGUUCCAGCCAAUGAACAUGGCAAAAACCUUUAUCACACCUGUGGCAAUGAGUCCUGUGAAACCAAGGACAGCUGAUGCUUCAACAUGGAGACGUGCUGGAGCUCUAUCCAGUCCUGAUCCACUUCAUUCAGUUGCAAGUCCUUGUACCAAUACUUUGCCGUCAAAACCAUGUUUAACUCCAUAUGGCGUACCACAGCUGCAGACUUAUGAGCAUCAGUUUCCACAGCUUGCGCACAGAAAGACAUUGGUUACGCCUAAGCUGUUGUUUUUGAUGAGGGGUCUGCCUGGAUCAGGAAAGAGCACGCUAGCCAGAUUGCUUGUUCAACAGGGCCCUAAUGGAAUCAUUUUAAGCACAGAUGAAUAUUUUUAUCAAAAUGGGAACUACCAGUUUAAUCCUAAUCUAAUUGGACAAGCUCAUCAGUGGAACCAAAAGAGAGCCAAAGAAGCCAUGGAGAAGGGGCUUUCUCCUGUUAUAAUAGAUAACACGAAUACGCAGUCUUGGGAGAUGAAACCUUAUAUUACCAUGGCUUUUAAACACAAUUAUAAAGUGGCAUUUCGUGAACCAAAUACUUGGUGGAAAUUUAAGCCACGGGAGCUUGAACGACGGAAUGUUCAUGGUGUGUCAAAAGAGAAAAUUAAAAUCAUUUUAGCCCAUUAUGAGCGUCAUGUAACGAUCAGCACUGUAAUGGCUUCAUUGCAACCGACCUUCCCUGAAAAAAAAGCCGUAGAGCUAUAUCCUGCUGAAAACACUGAAGCUGGAGCAAUAAAUGGACCAACAGGACCAGCCACAUCUCCAGAUCGCCAAGAUUCACCGUGCACCGUGAUAUCAGAUUUAAGUUGUGCAGAAGAUCUGUCAGCAGUUAAAACAAAUAUAGUAUCAUCAGAUAACUUGGUACCACAUUUAUGUUCAUCUGCACAUGUUCCCAGUCAAAGAAGAAAAAGUGAGACUGGACAUGACACUGAUAAUAGUACAAAAUAUUCAGAAUGGUUAAGUGGAGAUAAUGUACGCAAAGCAGACCAGACUGCUGGAUUAGAUGCGAGCAAUUAUAAUUUUUCUGAACCAGAAGAUGAGAAAAGAAAACUAACAAUUGAAUCAGAGACGGAAGCAGCAGAAAGUACCAACCCCCGGUGCAUUGAGGAUUCAACACAUGAUAAUUCACCAGCUACACGUAGUAUAUCUGGUCAAGAAAUCAGAAAGGGAAAAUGGCAGAGUGCCGAUAGUACAAGUAAUGAAAGAGAAGGAACACCAAUACUGCCAGAUGAAGGGGAGUCCUCAGGGAAAAGCACUUCAACUAAGAUGGAAUCAAUGGUUUUGGAACAAUCUAGCAAUAUUGAAACCAUAUCUUUAAAUUUUGUUGGAGAUUGGCCAGUUGUAGAAACACCAAAACCUCAAGAUCAGAGAAAAAGACGAAUCAGGAAGGCAUCAGAACUAAGUGCCACAAAUGAGAAUAAUGUAGAUCAGUCUAGUAUUUUAGAGUCUGAAAUGACAAGUGAUUCGUUAGAGUACGCUACGCUUAGUUUAAUGGAGCAGGAUAAUGUAGAUAAAACCUCAAAUGAAUCAAACAGUUGUCAGGUUUCUGAGGAUGGUUUUGAUGAUGAUAUACUGUCUUCAGCUGCUGAAAACUCUACUUGGGAAAGCAGUUAUGAAAAUGGUGAGGAUCCUAAAAAUCCAGACAUUUCUGAAGAGCAAAUUUCAGAGGAAUUGUCUGACAAGCAUAUAAAUAAAAAAUCUUGGCAGAACAAAAUGGUAGGAAAAGCAUGUAAACUGGCACCAACAUUCACUAGUAACAGCCCAAUCUCUGAAGAAUUUCCAGAGCCUGCGCCAUUAACUUUAGAUCAAGUGGAAAACUCGAUUGUAAUUCCAGAGAGGUCAAGACAGGCCAACUCCUCUCAAACAACACCUGAUGAUUUUGCUGUCCUGUGGAGAAUUGAGAAAGAAAACACCAGUUCUGCUGAGUAUAAAAUAUUGAUAGGAAUUUCAAAUGGAAUUAAACCAAUCGACUUGGAUGCAACGGCUAAAUCGAUAAAUCCUAAUGUAUCAGUGCCCUACAGAGUAAUGCAUGAUAAAAGCACGUAUGUAGAUGAAAACGACUUUAUGAAUAGCGAAGAGAACCUGCAGAUACUUAGUGAUUGUUUUAAAUCUAUUCCCUUUGAAGAUCUGAAUGAUUUAUAUGAGAAAUGCAACAGAGAUGUAGAAUGGACAACCAAUUUAUUGCUCGACUCUGGUAUGAAGCUUUCAAAUGAAAGCCCAACAAAUGACCAGUCAGGUUCAGACCAUGACCUUACCAGUAGCUGUGUUGAAGAAAAGAACCAAGUACCACAGACAGAGGAAAUAGGUUUGAGUGAAGAGGCACGAGACAGAUCUGGGUGUGAAGUAAAUCGGUUGCUGGCUGGUAACACAAAGGUUGUGGACGUAUCUGAUCAAUCAUCAGAGACUAAUACAGAAAAUGACUCUGUGGAAUGUGUGGAGUCUUGUCUUGAUAUUGAAACCAUCAACCCAUCACCUGACAAUACUAGAGAACCUGUAAAUGUACCUGAGGAGUUGAAAAGUAAAAAUGUUGUCUUGAGUAAUGCUGGUCUGAUAUUUAACAUUGAGUAUGACCAAUUUACCAAUUAUCCGAAGGAAUAUCAUGAAGGAGAGGAACAGAGUGAAUUAUUGUUCAAGAAGAAUUUGGUCAAUAAUGAAGUUGUGUGCAUGAAGGGUGAUGAAUCUGAAACAUCAAAUGGAAAUAAUAAAAAAGAACCAAACAACUUGUCUGAAUGUGCAGAUAUAAAUGAGACAACUUCAAUAUUGACAAAGGAACUGAAUACCUACGUACAUAGCAUGACAGAAAAUCAACCCAGCUCUGAUGUAGUAAAUAACUCUGUGCAAGAGGAAAAUGGAAAUGAAAUGAUGACUAUCAAAGAUGGAAGCCCGAAUCGGGAUGGUUUAGUGUUGUACUCUGAUUCAAUGCAGAUUCAGUCUUUAGAAUUAUGUUUGCCACCAGAACUGGCAUUACAACUCAAUGACCUGUUCGGAUCAGUAGGUCUUGAUCCAGAUUCUUUGACUCCAGAAGAAUGUGUUGUACAAAUAGAUCUGAAUUUAGCAAAAAUUAUUCAUCAGAAAUGGAAGGAGACUAUAUUGGAGCGACAAAAGCAAGAAUCUCUGUCCUAUCAACUCCUGUUGGAAGAUGGCGGUUUAUCUGAAAAUUUAACAUGGGAGCCUGAGGCUGAACUGGAGGAAGAGACACCUGUUCCUUCUACAAUUCAAACAUAUGAUAACAAACAGCCAAGGAGAAAGGCUGGAAGGAAGGUAGUCCCUUUAUCUGUUUCCUCGGCUACUGCGGCUGAUGGGAUGGAAUGCUUUCCAUUCAUGGAUCAUUGGAGUGCUCGGGUUCCUAGUGUGUCAUUACGAGAUAUCAUGACUGAGGAAAUGGAUUUUCAGUUAAAGCAACAUCAGUGCUUUAUGAAUUCAGUCUUGACAACAAAGGAUUGUGCAACUAAACUAAAGGAGAAACGCCUCCUGGAGAUGUUCCCAGGCAUUGAUAAGCACUUCAUUAUGGAUAUGUAUAAAGACAACAACUAUUCGUUUGAACAGACAGAACAGUUUUUAAAGUCAUUAUUCGACUGUGAUCUCGAGAGAACAAAAGGCAUAACAGUUCAUGAUGGUACUCAUCCAACUGAAUUGACUGUGAGCCAGCAUAAAGAUAAGGCAAUUAUGACCAAAGACAUAAAGGAAUUUCGAAGAGAGCGCGUUUUCCAGGAUGAAGAAUACCCUGAUAAUGAAAAUUAUCGGGUUGAAGCAGCACUGCAUCGUCGAAAGCAGCAAGAUUGCUUCAGUAAGGCUGCAGAAGCUUAUAGAAGGGAUAUGAAAGCAGUUGCCACAUAUUAUGCACAGCAGGGUCAUAUCCAUGGUGAAAAAAUGAAAGAAGCCAACCACAGAGCUGCUAUAAACAUUUUUAAUCAAGUGAACACGUCCUUACUUCCGCAAAAUGUCUUAGACCUUCAUGGCCUUCAUGUGGAUGAAGCCCUGCAUUAUCUGGAGGAAGUGCUAUUCCAGAAGAUUAAUGAAUACCAGCAAAAAGGUGGUAAAUCUUACCUGUCUGUCAUAACUGGGAGAGGACGGCACAGCCAAGGAGGAAUAGCACGUAUAAAACCAGUUGUUAUUGACUACCUCAAACGCCAGAAUUUCAGGUUUACGGAGCUACAGCCAGGUGUUGUGAAAAUCAAGUUGAAGUGACAAGAAUAUGACAAGAAGAUUAUUUUCUAAUUUUGAGAGUAUGCAACUGUCUCACUUAAUCUUGCAGCACUGGUGAGAGUGUUUCUAACAUUUAACGAUAUAGUGCUUUUUUAAAAACAUGGCAUCACUCAGGGAGGUCAUAGAAGACUGAAGAUUGAGAGACUUUUUAAAUCAACUUACAGCAAAAUCUUUGAAAUUAUUGCAUUCUUCUUAAGCAUAUCAAUCUGACUCCUGGAGUAAUGAAGCUUUUACACUGAAGUUCUGAUAAAUGUACUGAUUGUAUUCAAUUCAAUGUUUUCAAAAGUUGUUUUAAUUUCCAUUUCUGUUUGUGGUGCUUUAAAAUGUCUGCAUACAAGGAUAGGAGUUCCCCUUUCUGAAAUAUUUUGGGGCUGUAAAACUGAGAACGAUUUACCCUACUGUUAAUUGCUUUAAUUUGCAUGCCAUAAUUAGAAAUGAAAAGUGUAAGGGUUAGGAGCAGGAAUAGGCUUCUGGCCCUUGAGCCUCCUCUACCAUUUGUGAAAUUAGCCAAUUGCAAAAUAUCUUUUGCUGGUAUGGAUCAAAACUGUGUCUGAUUUUGCGCAGAUUUUCAUAGACUUUAACAAAGGGUAAAUCUGUAAAUGGGACUCCCAAGAUUUAACUGGAAAAUUCUUCACUUUGCUGAUAUUUGCUAUUUAUUACUGUUUUAAAGCAAUAAAAAAAAACAUGUUUAGUUUUAUGUCUGAUGCAAUGAUAAAGUGUUUUGUCAAGAAAAGGAUUUUGCUCUGACUUGUUACUUUUCAUUAUUUUGUUUUGGAGGCUAUAAAGUUCCAAAACAGUUUAAAAAAAAAUACCUCUGGGACAAGCACUACUGGGCUCAGCAUUAAAUAUCUAUGAAUUAUUAUUGUAAACUACAAAAUACCUGUUAAUGCCAGUAUUUAUGAAAACUUCUCAUUUUAGCCAUUGAAUAAGCUAAUUAAAGAUUGAUUUUUAAUUUGGCUAGUGUACUGAAGUCUUGUGCUGUAAUAAUGAGUUACCGUUGUAAUUUUUUUAGCGUGGAUAUUUUGUAGAUUUACACCACAUGGCAACUUGAUUUAAAGCUACAAAGCUGCUCAGUAACUAGAUUCAGAUAAUGUAACAAGGAAAUUAGGUUCAUCCCAUUUUUGCAGUUUUAAGAAGCUUACAAAUACUUACGAAAUGUGUUUUUGUUUCCAGCCGUGAUCCCUUAUACCCCACAAUUUGUGAAUGAGAAGAAUUGUGCAAUUAAUAUUAUCUCUAAUAUAAUGUGUCAUUGUCUAAUGCUCACCAGCUCAAAUAGAUCAUUGAAUUGCUUCAUUCAAUAUUUUAAAAUAAAGUUUUUUCCAGAAUUCCAUAACCUCAAAGUGAUUAAAUGAAAACUGGUGGAAUACAUAACAUUCACUGUUCAGCAGUCUAGAACCAGGAUGUGCAUAUGUACAUUUUAAGCAAAUACAUUUUUUAAUCAAAUUUGCUUCUUUCCAAGGUACACGUUAUCCACCGGUUCCAUUUGCUAUUUUAUUUCAACUCUCCUACAGACCUUUCUGUUGCCAAGCAAAUAAAGGAAUCAUUUGGGAAAUUGAGCACAGACGCAAAUUCCACAUUUCAGCACAUUGAUGUUGCAAUAUAAUAUUUUCACAAGCAGUCCUUUGGUUUCAGGAAUGAAGUGCUUCCAUUUCAGUUGUGUUUAUUAAUAUUACUCCUUCAUUUUGAGUGAUCAUGGGCCAAGGAUUUUGAUGAAUCAUGGAAAUGUUCACUUUUUCAGAGAGACUUUGAUAACAUCCUUUGAGUCUUUCCACUGUUCACUCGGUGACCCCGUACCAUGACAGAGUGUGGAAUUAGGUAUCUGUUUGUGAUUAUGAUGUUAUGCAUGUGAAUAAUGUGGCUUCUUUUUCUUGCGUAUGGCGUGCACAGCCUAAAGUUGUAGGACAACUUGUUCUAUUUGAUCCUAUUCGAUUGUGCACACCAGGUUGAUUGUAUUUGUCGAAACAGGGCGGACCACAUGAAGGUUGCAAUCUCCCACCCCAAUAAUGUGGCUUAUUCAUUGGAAUAAUUACAGCCUUAAUGCUGGAACUGGUGGCAGAACUCACUGAUAUUGGAUUGCUCACACUGCCAAUGAAUUUAGAGGAUUUUACAGAGAUGAUAAUUUUUCUCCAGUGCUUUGAGGUGAUGCUGUAGGUAAUCAAUUUUGCCAAAGGGCGGGGGUUACUGCUGCAAAUUAAACCAAGAACUUUGUGCUGGCUUUGAGGAAUUGAUUUUUAAAUGUGCUUUCUUUAAGGUCUGCUGGUGCACUGGUGGCGAUGGUGAAUUUCAUAAUUUUGCCUUAAAUGAAAGAGAGUUUCCAAGUUAUAAUAAAUGGUCCACAUUUUCUAGGGUCUCAUUGUGGACUUUAGUUGUUGAAGAACAAUGUUAUACAGUGGGGAUGGAUCUGACAGAGGACAUCCAUUUUGCAGAUAGGAAAGGCAAGAAUCAUUCUUUUGCAAGCUUCCAUGAAUAAAUUGAUAAGUUGGAACUUGAUCUCCAGACUGCAAGUUGAUGGCUGGAAGUGGGUGACCUUGAUUUUGGAGGGGACAUACUGUAUGUUGAAGAGUUUCUCACUUGCUGGUUGGAAUGAGGUGCAGCCUUAGGUGUAAAAGAUGGAGAUAAGUGUUGGCACAAUGGUACGGCCUUGCUUGAUACAAAUCUGCAUGGCAAUUUGUUCUGUGUGGUACUGUUUGUUCAGAUCACAUUUGUUUGCCAUUAUUAAAUAAAUGUAAGCAGCCAAAUUUCUGUAGGCAGCCAAAUUUAUGAAGAAUGCCCCUUAAUCUCGUAGGAUUGAUAGUAUUGACACCUGUGUGAAUUUUCUUUUAAAGGCCAUUUUUUAGUGGAUGAUACUGCUUCAUUCAUUUCAUUUGGAGUUGAAGAUCAUGUCCAUUGUUCCUUCUAGAUGGGUGAAGUCCAACUGUGGUUCACAGAACAGUUCUUCGUCCCAGAGAGGAGAUGGCUGAGGGGGACCCUGGUGAUUACUUUCCUUUGGUAGACAUCUGUAGUUACUGAAAUCUGGCCUAUCUCCCUUAUUGAAGAUGAUUGCAAAUACAAUGUCUCUGCGAUCCAUUGCCAUGUUCUCCACAUUGAAGACAUGAAAAUGAGGUUGCAAACACUAUUAGCCCCCUUUCUCUAUUAACCAAAAUUUCAAGGAUGGGCCUUAGAGUAUUGGGUUUCUGCUAUUAACAAAUUGUACAAAAAAAAUCACAUACUAAAUUUUCAGCACUUUAAAAUGCUUGGUUGUUUGGUUGUUCAACUAGAGAGCAUUGAAAUAAUUCUUUUAUCCAAGGUGGUUGAAUAGAGAGUCACAUGGAUGAUUAUGAGCAGUGUGGAUGUUGGCAUUUUCCCAAUUUGUUAUUUCAAACCCAAAAAAAGAAAUCUUAUUUAGCAGAGCACUAGGUACUAGAAUCUGUUUAUAGUUAGUAGAAUGUUAGUGUGCGUGUGUGUUUCGGCUUCAAGCAUCGGAGAAAAUAAUAGGUCACCAAUGUUUUUUAAAUCCCAUGACAGAACUAAUUACAGAGACAAGAAUAUAUAUUUUUUAAAGUUGUUAUAUUUCUUCAUUUAGUCAUGCAUUUAUCUCCUGGUCUAUGUAAAUAGUGUUCAAAUAAGUAUUCAUUUUCCUCAUCGCUGUAUGGAGCAUGUUGGAAGAAACCUUCUGCGUAUUUAUUGUAAAGUACUUCUUUUUCCAUGUUUGUGCGCUCAUGGAGAAGAGAAUGGUUUAUUGUCUUUCAGAGGUAUUUUCUCCUUUAUAAAUUUUAUUUCUUAAAUUGACUAUUUUACUAACAUAGAAAAGGAAAAAGCUAGAAACACUCGAGCAUCAUCAGUGGAGAAAGUAAUGUUAUUUUAAUAAUAGCAAUUUUGUUCAAAUAUUUAAUGAUAUUUGCAAUAAUCUGACAAUGGAAUAAUAAUUUUCACUUAUUACUGUAACUAAGAAUGAUUGCAGAUAAGCCUGCAGUUACAUAUUUAUUUCAACUCUAGAUUUUUUCUCCAUAUUUACUUUUUUUUAGAUAAAUAAGUAAAACAACAAGUUGCUCGUGAAUUUUUGUUAGUUGGCUUUGUAAACUGUAAAUUUAGUUUUGAGUUUAACGUCAAAAUUUAAUUUUGCCAAGUCCUAUCCCAUCUAAUUGUAGAAUUUAGUAUUGGUUCAUUUUUGCCAGGUUAACCACAGAAGACAACCUUACAGAUUAGUAAAAGUGCUAUAACUGCUAGUAUUUGUGCAUUGCAGAGAUCAGCAACAAGGGAGCUUGGAUUCUGGAAUGGUGAUCUUCUUCGGAGGCUAGAUUUUCUACCCGGGAAAGAUCAUCUAACAUUAAAACCAUGAAAGAUAUAAAACAUUAAAAAGAUACGUUUUAAGUGGCCAAAGCUCAAAUAAAAGAUGGCUUGCACUUGGAAGAAAUAAUACCACACCCAAUGCACAUUCAGAUGUAAUAGUUUGGUCAGAUAGCUAUACUUUAAUGUUCAAUAAUCAGAGCAGGAUCUGCAACACAACUCUUACUGUCCCAUUGCCUUGCUGUGGCUGCAGACAGAUUUAUGUAUGUACUAGCAAAAGUGACAAUACCCUUAUAUCCUGAAACAUAUUGAAUUUAAUUCUAAUAGUGUAUUUAAAAAAAGCAAAUAAUACUUUGUUGCAUUUGAAAUGUGAUAUUAUAAAACAAACACAAUUAUUCAUUGUUUCCGUGAUAGUAAAUAAAUCAACAUAGUUGCUGACUUCAGAGGUUCAAAUUUUGUAAGUUGAAACUGAUGGGUAAGGUACUUUUGAAAUGAGUGUUAUGUGCUAUUUGCCAUUGGAAGGUUUAUUUUCAAUUUAUUUGAGUUUGAACAUUGCAUUAUUUUUCCUUACUAGAAACACAGGUUGCAAUCUUCAUGCUAGUUUCGCCCUUCGCAUCUGCCAUUAGGACCAAAAUAUUCAGUAUUUACACAUUUAUAUCUAUUUUUCAAAGAGAUGUAAUAAAUACUGUAAGUUUGUAAAUGUAAAUGUUUUAUGAUUUGAAAUAUUGUGGGUUAGAUUAUCAAAAAUUGUAUUUUAUUUUUUCAGUAAGUGUGUUUUUCAAGAUUUUUUCAAAUAAAAUUGUUACAUUUAAUGUUGGAGU